CAGUGUUCCUCCCACAACUCAGCUGUUAAAAGGGAAGCAGCCAGGUUCCCAGACACCAGUCAAAAAGGACAAGAGGCAGAGCUCCUCUCGCUUCAGCUUGAGCAACAACAGAGAGCUGCAGAAACUGCCUGCUUUCAAAGCAGGAUGCACCAGGCAAACAAGGCUUCACUUAAGGAUUUCCUCUACCAUCCCUGCAAGUGGUGUGGAAAAGACUCCUGCUUGUCAUGAGGCCGACUUCUCUGGUCAGAUGUUUUAUGUAAAAAUACAAAAUGAACACAAGAUCCACAACUAGCUAAUAGCUGUGAUACUGAAGUUUCAAGGAGACGCGAGAGAUGAUCUGGAUUGUUAAUUGUUGUGCUGUGUUGAUUGGUUAGUUUUUACAAAUACAUUAGAGUCUGCAGCAUGUUACCAUAAUGCGAAUGAUCAUCAGACCUGGAAAUUAACCACGUAGCUGUAUAUUUGAGUGUGUCUGCUUGCUAUCGGUGAUGCAUACAAAGCUCUUCUACCAGAAGGCUUUCUCUCGUCCCACAGACAGAACUGACUCGUUGCGGUGCAUUUUACUCUGAUACUAUUGUCAGAAUUAGCACACACAGCAAAAAGCUCAAGUGCGAUGAAGACUUAUGAUACAUUGUUUGAAUACUUUUUUAAACUGCAAAAAAAGUUUGUUCCUAUAUAUUAUACAUACUUUAAAUGUACUUAGAUCUUUAAAUUUCUUCUAUACAAAACCUGUGGGGAAGCACAUGCUGAGGUUAUUAGCAUGUUAUUCCUAGGUCUUACUUUUAGCCUGGUUUUAAAAUAUUUGAUGAUUCGUAUGUACCUUGUCAGGUUGCGCAGGAAAUCUCAUUUUCUCCAGUUUUGUCUAGCACCUCCACAACAAAUAACAGGUUUCUAAUAAUGUUUCUUCUGUUUUAAAAUGCAAAAGUGUGAAAGGUGUGAUUUGCAUGAAGCUUUGGUGUGUGUGUGUGUGUGUGUGGGGUGGGGGGGGGGUAUGUGAGCCCUUGAUCCUUGCAGCGUGAUGAAGUACUCAUGAAACCUGGUGAUGUUAUGUCAUGAUGCAUGUGCUUUGGUUGUUUGCACACUGGGAUUGAUUUUUAUUGCCUUACAGAAUGCAGUGUUUAAAGGGUCUUGAAAUGGAAUAGCCUAUAUUUACGAAGCCACACUUAUUAAGCACUAUUUGAAUUGUAUAUAUUUGUCAGUAGUAGAGUGUGUGUGUGUGUGUGCGCGCGUGUGCGCGUGUGUGUGUGUGUGCUCUUCUUUCCUGUUCAGCUUUACAGUGCACGGGUGCAGACACAGAGUGCUGCCGACUGCAUUAUCACAUCCUGUGUUGCUCACGUCGCGACUUCCUGUCUUCCUGUUUCUGUCACAUACACCUGGGCUCAGGCUGUACUCCUGAAGAGCCAUCUGUCGUGCAGAGACACCACAAACACACACACAAACACACGGUCACACAAGCGAAGCGCACUGUUAUCUGGCAUCAGUGAUACUUCGUCUUUUGAUCUGUAUAAAUCUCAGCUUGUUGUUCACCUUGUUUUUUUUUUCCUAUUGUGUCUCGCAUCAGGUUUAUUUGACACGUUUCGUAUAUCGGGUCUCGAUCUAUAUUGGUGGUAUCGUUUGUUUAGUUUAGUUGAGUGUGAUGAUGAGUAAUGCCAAAGCUGCCUUUGCUUAUUAGGAAUUAUACAAAUUCAGAUCAAGCCAGCUGAGUUUGAAUCUGCUUUAAAACUCUGAUGUCAGAUGUAGCUGCUUUUGCUCCAAUCAUCGCAGCAGUCCCCUCCCCUCCCCACUCAGCCCACCAGCCAAUUCCUUCCCUCGUGUUUAUUUAUUCUGACAGCCGCGCCAUGUGAUUGCAGCCAGCCAACCGGGCAGCUGCUGUGGUGGAUGACAUCACUAACUAGCUGGUUCCCUCCAGCAGCAGGGGAGCUUCAUUUUCUGUUCAGAGUGUUUGUGCUAAAAUGGAGGCUGGCUCCUCGCCUUAGCCGGGCUGCCCUCUUCCCCCCUGUCUUCUGCCUCAGCUCCCUGAUGUUGGCAUGUACUAGAGCUGCUAGUGCGAUGGUUCUGGAUGCACCAGCCUCCAAUGGGCCUUUCCAGUCUGUGGGCCUCCUGCAUUUUAGAGAUGUUCCCCCUGCAGAGCAGGAGAAACUGUUUAUCCAGAAGUUGCGGCAGUGCUGCGUCCUUUUCGAUUUCGUCUCUGACCCACUGAGCGACCUGAAAUGGAAGGAAGUGAAACGAGCGGCGCUGAGCGAGAUGGUGGAGUACAUCACCCACAACAGAAACGUCAUCACCGAGCCCAUCUACCCGGAGGUGGUUCAUGUGUUUUCUGUGAAUAUGUUUAGGACGUUGCCGCCAUCAUCCAACCCCACGGGUGCUGAAUUUGACCCAGAAGAAGAUGAGCCCACAUUAGAGGCUGCGUGGCCACAUUUACAGCUCGUUUAUGAAUUCUUCCUACGGUUCCUAGAGUCCCCUGACUUCCAACCCAACAUAGCCAAAAAGUAUAUUGACCAGAAGUUUGUAAUGCAGCUCCUAGACCUGUUUGACAGUGAAGACCCCAGGGAGAGGGAUUUUUUAAAGACCACCCUGCAUCGCAUCUAUGGCAAAUUCCUGGGCCUGCGGGCAUACAUUAGGAAACAGAUUAAUAAUAUAUUUUAUAGGUUCAUUUAUGAGACUGAACAUCAUAAUGGAAUAGCAGAGUUAUUGGAAAUUUUAGGCAGCAUAAUCAAUGGAUUUGCAUUACCGUUGAAAGAAGAGCACAAGAUCUUCCUCCUGAAAGUCCUACUGCCUUUACACAAAGUCAAGUCUCUAAGCGUAUAUCACCCACAGCUGGCCUAUUGUGUGGUACAGUUUUUAGAGAAGGACAGCACUCUUACAGAACCGACGGUGAUGGCAUUAUUAAAGUAUUGGCCAAAGACUCACAGUCCAAAAGAGGUGAUGUUCCUCAAUGAACUAGAAGAGAUUCUGGAUGUCAUCGAGCCUUCAGAGUUUGUGAAAGUCACGGAGCCCCUCUUCCGACAGCUGGCCAAGUGUGUGUCCAGCCCUCAUUUUCAGGUGGCAGAGCGUGCACUCUACUACUGGAACAAUGAGUACAUCAUGAGCCUCAUAAGUGACAAUGCUGCCAAGAUCCUGCCCAUCAUGUUUCCAGCUCUCUACCGCAACUCCAAGACCCACUGGAACAAGACGAUCCACGGGUUGAUUUACAACGCUCUGAAGCUCUUCAUGGAGAUGAACCAGAAGCUGUUUGAUGACUGCACACAACAGUUCAGAGCAGAGAAAAGCAAAGAGAAAGCCAAAUGGAGAGAGAGAGAAGAAGCAUGGCUGAAGAUCGAGAAUCUAGCAAAGUCGAACCCACAGUUUCUCAUGUACAUUGACUCAGUAGACCCAGACGGUUUGAUGGACAUGGAGACGGACGGCCCUGUUCUGGAUGACGUCAACAUGCUGAAGAAAGCAGUGCAGGAGGAAGCUACACAGAUCCAAAAAGACCAGCGUAGAGAGCGGCCUCUGAUGCGGAGGAAGUCGGAGCUUCCCAAGGACAUCUCUACUGUUACAGCCCUGGAGCUGCACAGGAGAGCGGAGGAAAUGCUGACACACGACGGCCACUAAGAGACCGCCGCCCCCCCCAGUCCACUUUAAACCAGCAGCAGCAUCAUCCACAGAGAGGCCACCGGUCCACAGAGCCCCGCACAACACUGACUCUGGUAUCCAGGUCAAAUCCCAGAACAGCACAGAACCAGGCGGUCCGGACCCCAGCCGACUCCCGUCUGAAGCCUGGUCCGAGAGGUGCUCAGUCCCGACCAGUCCUCGUCCAGCAGACACAUCUGUGGAGCUGCAUGACCACGACGUACACCGUGAACUUCACCUAAGAUACUGUAAUGUGGUUUUACCGUUCUCCCCCUCCUUCUCUUCUCCUGUCCUCAAGUGGUGUUUUCAGGCAGCUGUGCUGCCCUCUUCUGGUCAUUUUUCUCAGGUGUCCUGUUCCAUAUGUACGUCUGUCUGUAUGUCUGUGCAUGUGAGAGUCUUCUCUUCUUGCCUCUUCUUUAUAGAUGUCAGGUGCUUGUACCAAUAUAAGCCCCAACUGGACUUUUUCAGUUUAAUAAAAAAAAGGAUAACAAGAAAA